CGGAAAAGUCAUUCGCAGAAAAAAGUGGUCUGUGCUCGUAUCGCCGUCGUUGUCGCCAGGAAAAAAGGAUUUUAACCCUGCCUCGCGAACGUUUGAGACCCGGUGGGAACUGUCCGUUUCCGGCGGAAGUGUUCCGGCAGCCGAUUCAGUCGAUAUUUUGACCGCCCGCGGGCUAUUAAGUGGCUACCAGUGUAGGGUAUUGAAAAGGGAAGGUUUUUUUUCACUCCGGAAAAGGCCCGAGCCGAGUUCAGCAGAAGAAGAAGAAGAAGCGUUCGGACGAGUUGGUAGAACAAGACGUGGUGCGGACUGGAAGAAUACGGCGAAGAUUUUCUCCAUUGUGGGCAGGCAUAAGUAGGCUGAUUGUUUGAAAAUCCAGAAAAAGGUUCAAUUAUAGUGUUUGGUGAUUGAAAUUGGUAAAGGUUUUGUAAAAGUGACUGCCAUUGGGAUUGUUGGGAAAUAAAAGUGGAAUCGGAAACUACAAGAGUUAUGUAGCAUUCGAGAAAAGUUCACCAAAGACGAAAUCCGGUGGUGUCCGGUAAAAAAAAAAGAAUCCAUCGUCAUCCGAGUCGUCAAACGGGAAAACCUCGUCUCUGUACCCUUUCCUUGCAACCUUUGUCGCAUUUCCAAGCCAUUUUGGAUGAGAAAAGAAGGCAAAGCUAAAUAAAAGCAAGAAAUUCAAGAAAUACUACGACAGCGAAAAGCGGAGAAAAAAGUAUCCUAGUGAGGUUUCGUAUUGUAUUUCAUUCCUCUUUUGGGUUUUUUGCAGUUGAGUAAGAAAUAAAGAAAAAAAGUUACGCUGGUCAGCUUCCUAAGUACCAAAAAAGAGGGUGCCAAGUGCUGUUUUCACCGGGAAAAUCAAGAUCUUUCCAUUUCGGACUCGAAGUAUUGGCCAAAAGUUACUCCGAACACGGUGCUUCGGAAAGCAAAAAGGGUCCUGGCAGAAAAAAGAAUGCCUAUUAGGUGUUGCUGAGAAAGUCGUCUGGGGAUACUGAAAUUUUCUCGCAGGAGUACCGCACAUUGCCAGCAGAAAAGAAAAUGACUGCUGUUCGUCCAGAGUGCGAUGGAUCAUUCUAAAACGAAGAAGCCUCAAGAGUGUUACGAGUUUCUCGAUCUUAGCGACGUUGAUGACGGUGUGAAGAGCGUCCUGGCUUCGACUCUGUACACCCCGACUGGGGUUGCGACCGGUGCCGAAAGUAGCGGCGAACCAGGCGUCGUUAGUGGAGGAACUGCCGGAACCUAUAAAGGCAACCGCAAGCCAUACCGUCCCAAGCGUAGGCCAUCGAACGCCUCUUCGGUUAUGUCGUCCUCAGAUGGAUCUUCGGUGUCCGGGUUGUACGAGUAUGUACCGUAUGAGUCCAACCGAAGGUAUCAGCCGUCGUCCCACUCUCACUUUUCCAACAACUCCGGGACGUCGGGCGGCGGCGAGGCUUACUCGCACCCGAACUCUUCAACUACCCACUAUCAGUAUCAUCAUCACCACAAUCAACAACAACAACAAUACCAAUCGGGAAACGAAGCCACCGGUUAUUCGACUAGGUCUGGCUAUGGUCGGUAUCCUCAUUCAAAACGAGGCGGUCCAAGAUUUCAACAGGACCAGUACGGUGGAAGAUCUCUCGCACAUCACCACCACCAUCAACAACAGCAGAAUCACAACUACCAUCAUCACUAUUAUCAUCAACAACAACAACACAAUCAAACCAAUAAUAACAACAACAACGGCAACAACAACCAACAACAACAGCAGCAGCAAUCUUGGCCAACCGGGCAUCAUCCGGUGGGCAGUUCUGCUUCUUCUUCCUCUACAGUACUGCCAAACAGUUCUACUAGCGUGAACAGUAAUAACGAGUCGUCAUUUGUCGAAUACGGUGAUAACGAUCAGGGCCAGAGUGGUUCCACGGGUAACAAUAGCAGCAGCGGCAGUAAUAGCAAUAACCAUUCGCGGUCUGCCGCCAGUUCAACCAACAGUGGAAGAAGUUUGAGUAGACCGGUUGAACCCUCGUUCAGCUCAACGGUCUCAGAAUCGUCAACACUUUCCGUUAGCAGCAGUAUGCCGCCGCAUACCAAUAACCCGCACUAUCAGCCGCAACAACAACAGCAGCAGCAGCAAUCGCAGGCGCCAUCCGUGCAACAACCGCAACAACAACAACAACAACAACAACAACAACAGCAGCAGCAGCAGCAACAACAACAACAAGGCCAAGUACCGACCACUCCAGGGAAUCCGCCGCCCAAUGGCCAUAGCAGCGUACCUAACCGUGGUUCGGUGGAGCAACAAGCAUCCCAGACCGUUUUAGCACCGCCACCACACCAAGCCUUGUAUCCAGCGCAGUACAUGACUGCUGGAGGGCAUCCCGGAAACCCGGUUUAUCCCAUGCAAGUUAUACCCCAGCCGCUACCAGGAAACGUGUACGUGAGCAAUCUAACCGCCAAUGUAAACGUUCACGGUUUCGUUCCCCACGGUAUUCCACCGUACAUGGCCGCAACCGGAACUCCUCCAGGUUCAGCAGGAACUUACAUUGCUGGUGAAAUACCGGCUGGGCAUGAAAUGGCCAUCAUGACGCCUCCAGGAAUAAGACGCAGUGGAAGACCUGGUCGUGGAGGUGGCAACCCACGACCUAGAGGUGGCUACAUUUCACAUCAUAUCAGUCAACAACAAUCGGUCGUAGCAUCGACUCAUCAACAACCGCCACCUUCCGUGCAACAACAACAAGGUCAAGGGCAAGUUCAACUAUCAUCAGGCCAAGUGAAUGCACCGCCACAAUCACAAGGGCAAAGCCAAAAUCAAGCCCAAAGCCAGCCACAACAGCCUCCACAACAGCACACGCCAGAACUUGUUCAACACCCGAUGGCACUGGAACACCAGCAGAUCAUGAGUCCUGCUCAACCGUACGGCUACAGCGGCGGAUAUUACUUCCCGGUACAAUUCUAUCAGCCAACCCAAGUUGGACCUCCCCAAUCGGCACAACAUGCUGCCGGGGCUCCAAUAUUCCAGAUGCCGAUGUAUUCUCCAGUUUACGGAUACCCCAGUGUUAUGUACCCGACGAUGUACCAGCCAGAGUAUCCAAUGUACGAUGACAAAGGAGACGAUCAGCAUUCUCAGCAAGCUCCAGAAGAAGCUGUUAUGCAUCCGGGCAUGUGGCAACCACCACAAAUGAUCGAAUACAAUCCAGAAGCUGGAGAGUAUAUUCCACAUGAAGACGAUGGCACUAUAAUACAGCCGGGUCCACCGAUGCAACCUAUCGCUCACGUGUUAGAUCCCAAUGUACCAAACUUUACCAUGCAAAUGGGACCUCCAACUCCCAUUCAAGCCGAAGAAUACGACCAAAUAACACCGGCUCCGUCCGAAGAAUAUAACAUCAAUAACAACGCUUUGAUUUCUCCGGCAAACAACAUGAUUUCGUCUCCUUCAUCAGCUUCAUCUUCACAACAAAAUCUAGCUCAGAAUGAAAUGUAUAUUACACCACAACAACAGCAACAGCCACCACCGCAAGAACAUCAUCAUCAGCAUCAUCAACAGCAGAUAGUUGAAAUUUCCCAUGAUUCACAAGCAGUUAAUCAAAUCGAGCAACAGCCAAACAUUAUGGAUCAGGAGAAUAAUUACAUUGUCGACCCGUCACAUCAAUCUUCUUACAAUCAACCUUUAUCACCAGUCCCGGUGCAGCAGCAGCAGCACGUUCACCACAGUCAAUCAUCCGAUGGCAACUACCGGGCCGAACCAAUUCUUCAAACACAAAUUGCGGAACCACAGCCAAUAUUGAUUCAAGAUGUUCCUCCACAAAUUCCUUCAACCCCUACACCGCACUCAACGGGACCUCCAUCGUCAGCUAUCGUAACGUCCCCACCACAGAUUCCAAUUCCAUUACCGAUAACAAUAACACAUGUCCCUCCACCUCAGCUCAACAAACCUCCGCCGCCAAUUCCGAUCGAGUUCCUUAAAAUGGAACAGCAACAACAACAACAUCAGCAACAACACCAUCAACAAUUACCGCCGCAGCAUCAUCAAUCAACGAUGUCGCAGCACGACACCAACAACAACCCGAAAAAGAAAACGAAUGAAGUGGCCUCCGUGGCGACUCCAGCAACCGUCGUUAGCGAGAAAAACAAUGCAAACGAAGUUUCUACCAGCAGCAAACCAGUGCCAAACCAAAUCUAUGUAAAUAGCAACAAACACCAGAACCAGACCGAUGAAACCGCUCGUCUAGCCCGGGCUAUUCAGGAGAAAUUCGUUCUCAAAGAUGAUCGUCGCAACGGACCGUACCGGGGUUCUUCAUCGGGAAUCCACUCAAGCUCACACCAAACGGCCACCACGAUUUCAUCAUUCACAUCGUCUACCACAACUAUCGUGCAGCAUAACAGCGCUACCACCCACCACAAGAAGACUACGGCAUCGGUUUCUGUAUCAGCCAUCCCCAACAAAGAAUUCAUCAGUAGUCCUUCAACCGUCGGGCCCACUAUCACUUCCAAGCCUUAUCAGAAAAAUACCUCGCCCGUUCCGUUCACUACCCUCGGAACGACAACGGCACCUUUAUCGAUGCACAAACAACAGUUGGCUCCGCAGAAAUCUUAUAACGAUAAUAUUGGCAACAGCAACAACAACAACAACACAGCACCCUCUGCUCCAUCCAUGAGCUCAGGCCCGGUCCUGAUGGAAUCAAAGAAAGUUGAAGCCAUUCCCCAGCGCGAAGAACGUUUACAUCCGAUGACAGCUCCGCUUCCUCCCCCAGGGCCCCCACCGCUGCUAUCGGUACCUCCACCAGAUCGUAUUAUCGUCCCAGCACCGCAAUACGCACCACCCGUAUCUACCACGCCAACAGCCCCGCCCGCGAUGUCCUGGGCUAGCCUGUUCAACUCAUCAUCUUCUUCCGGUACUGGGUCCUCGUCUGCUUCCUCCACUCAAAACGCUCCGAUCCCGGCACAGCAAAUCACCCCGACUAUCAACCCGGGGCCGCCACUUCCAACACCGUCACCGUUUGCGCCCAGCUUCAUCCCGAAUCUUCAGCGCAGCGGCAGCAACAGCACCAAUCAAUCGUCUACGGCAGCACCGGGAUCUACCGACAACAACAGCAACGCUACACCGCCGGUGACCAACAAGAAACCGGUUGCCAAGGUACUUCCAUUCGAUAAGAACAACAGUAGCAGCAGCAGCACCGGUCCCAUGUCAUAUUCGUCGGCCGCUUCGGGAGCCAACACAAGUGCCUCAGCUGGGACCGGGACGAGCAAUGCCGCCGGCAAAGGAAAGGGUGCACCGAACAUGACCACUGCCGCCGCUGCCGCAUCUACCAAACCUGAACAGCUCGAUGAAAACUCGCAAAAGUUAGGAGAAUUCCUAAACGCUUAUCAAAUCGAAAACAACAGCAUCAGCAUUCAGCCCCGAGGACUGAUCAACAGAUCCAACUACUGCUACAUCAACGCCAUCCUGCAAGCCCUGGUGGCUUGUCCGCCGUUCUAUCACUUGAUGAGAGCCAUCCGGUCGCUCCCGGCCGCGAGAAACAGCCGUCAUCCAAAGCCUUUCAUCGAUGCGAUGACCUUAUUCGCAGCCGAAUUUUCAACCCUGCAGUUGCGCUCCAAGGUGCAACGCGACAAAUCGAAGAAGGACGAAACACCGGACAUCAACUGCGACACCCCCUUCGAACCGACCGUGAUUCACAAGAUGCUCAGUCUAGUCCGAUCGGAUAUCUUCCAGAUCGAGGGUCGCCAGGAGGACGCGGAAGAGUUCCUUGGUUGCGUACUGAACCGGCUCAACGAUGAAAUGUUGGAGCUUAUGAAGCUCAGCAAAAAUGAAUCGGAGAUCAACGGUGAGGAGACGGCCAAUGGCGAUGUGCAUGGUGACGAUCAGGACGAUUGGAAGGUCAUCCGAGGGUACCGGAACAAGGGAACCGUAACGCGCACAACGGAUUUCGGCCGGUCGCCCAUCAGUGACAUCUUCGGGGGUAAAUUGCGAUCUCGGGUACACCGGGAAGGUGAUCAUACGACUGAUAACAUUCAGCCGUUUUUCACACUGCAGCUGGAUAUUGAGAAAGUGGCCUCCGUCAAGGACGCCCUGGAGCUGCUGGUCGGCAAAGACCCACUCGAGGGUAUGACCUGCUCCAAGACGAAGCAGGAAAUCGCCGCCUGGCAGCAGGUAACCCUAGAGGAGCUGCCCAUUGUGAUGAUCCUGCACCUGAAGUGCUUCGACUACAAGAUGGACGGGUGCACCAAAAUACUGAAGGCCCUCGAGUUCCCGAUCGAACUGAAGAUUGACGCCAAACUGAUGUCCUCAAAGGGCAAAUCUUACACGCCCAAGCAGAAGCAGUACAAACUAUUUGCUGUGGUCUAUCACGACGGCAAGGAGGCCUCCAAAGGGCAUUACAUUACAGAUGUGUUCCAUGCCGGUUAUGGUAGCUGGAUCCGGUACGAUGAUAGUACUGUAAAGGCCGUUCCGGAGAGCAAUGUGCUACAUCCGAAAUCACCUCGUGUGCCGUACCUGUUGUAUUACCGGCGGUACGAUACUCACUACCACGGGGCAAGCGGUGCAAACACAGGCAGCACCGCCGCAGGUGGCAACGCUGUUUCUUCCAGCGCUGGUAGCGGAAGCAACAGCAACAACGGUGUUGGAGGCAACAUUAGCGGUAGUAACAAUAGUAAUAAUACUUACGGUGGCAACAGUUACAGUGUUAAUAGUGGCUACGGUACCGGUUCCAAAUGAAGUGAAUCAGUGAAAGCAGAUGGAAGAUAUUUUUAUAACGAUGGAGACAUUCAAAUUUUGACCGAAGAUUGGUGGAAGGUCGAAAACUACGCAAGAGACGUUUUAUAUCUUUACAAUUGGGGAAGGGUGCGUGUGUUUGUGCGCGUGAAACUGAGUGCGAAGUUGUUCUGUAAAGUCUUGUAGGAUGCAGUUUGAUGCGAAAUUUUGCGUGUCUAGAAAUCUAAAAUACAAACAAAAAAAACGAACGUUGACUACGCAACCACACGAUUAGAUCGUGUGAAAUCAACGAAAAAUAA